GCGCAGCGAGUUUUUUUAAAUUCCCUCUCCCCUCCCCUACUCUCACAGCCUGCGCGGAACAGGCACGCGGUCAUUCGUCGGAGCGAAGUGUUGAAGAAAAAAAGAAACGCGGCUGCUCGAGGAGGAUAAAAAGUAUGUCCGCGCGGACACGGAGCGUUUCCACAGCGCCGUUCGAGCCUGAAUUCGGCGAGUGACGGGGAUUUUGUGUUUUUGUCCGGACAUGGUCUCUGCUAGAACUUCUGUCAUCUAAGUCACUUUUGGGAGAAAUUCUGACUUAUUUCAAACAUGGACUCCUUUGGAGAUUCGGCCUCAGCCGGGGAUGGCAUCUUGGAACGGAGGAGCAGUCCCGGUCGCGCUGAUCUCAGCGGGCUCUACCGCGUGGGCCGGACGCUGGGCCGAGGCCACUUUGCCGUGGUCAAACUGGCACGUCAGGUCAACACCGGACAGCUGGUGGCUGUGAAGAUCAUUGACAAGACGAAACUUGAUGUAAUGGCAACAAGCCACCUCCUACAGGAAGUCCGGUGCAUGAGGCUGGUGCAGCAUCCCAAUGUGGUUCAGCUCCACGAGGUCAUCGACACUCCCACCACACUCUACCUAGUCAUGGAGCUGGCAGAGGGGGGUGACCUCUACGACUACAUCCUCCGCCACGAGGGUGGCGUGGCCGAGGGAACCGCCAAGCGUCACUUCGCCCAGAUCGUACAAGCCGUGGCGUACUGCCACAGGCUGCACGUGGUACACCGGGACCUGAAGCCCGAGAAUGUGGUGUUCUUCCCCCAGCAGGGAACCGUGAAGCUGACAGACUUUGGGUUUAGCAACUUAUUCAAGCCUGGAAUCAUGCUGGCCACCAGCUGUGGGUCACUGGCGUAUUCUGCCCCGGAGAUUCUGCUGGGAGAAGAGUACGACGCCCCAGCUGUUGAUAUCUGGUCUCUGGGGGUCAUCCUGUACAUGUUGGUGUGUGGAGUCCCUCCCUUCCAGGAAACCAACGACAGCGAGACUCUGGUCAUGAUUCUGGACUGUCGGUACUCCGUCCCAGAACACAUUUCUGACAACUGCAGAGAUCUGAUCUCCAGGAUGCUGCAGAGGGAUCCUUCUCGCCGAGCUUCACUCGAAGAGAUCGAGGGUCAUCAGUGGCUGGAGGGCCUUGAUAACAACCUCCUGAGUCCAGAGCCGCCGCCGCACUGGCUUUCCGGGGCCCUCUCACCGGGCUCCCCCUGCCCAGGAGCUCCUGAGUGUGGGGAUCUGCUCGCUGCCAAGCCCACCACUCAGCAGACUUUUCCUGGACCGUGGCAGCCCAGCCUCAGCUUCAGCCUCCGACCUCCUCCAGCCGAGGAGCCUCCCGUCAGCAAGACACUCCCAGCCCUGCAGCAGAUCUGUGAGGAGGAGGAGGAAGAAGAAGAAGAAGAAGAAGAGGAGGAGGAGGAGGAAGAUGAGAAAGAGAGUUUGGUAAAGGGAGAACCUGAGGAGAUGGUGGAACAAGAAGUCAAAGAGGAGGAGAAGCAGUUGGAAGCCAUGAAUGAGGACAGCGGAUGUGUGAUUUCUGAUCAACCUGUCAGCCAGGGGGAGGAGUCGCUCAGUCAGACUCCUGAAGCCCCGCCCUCCUCCCUGCGAAGCUUUGCCGUGUCGUGCUGUCAGAGCCAACCUUACAUCUCUGCUGAAGAGGAUGAAGAACCCAACAACAACACCAACAAAUCCUUCCACGCCCUCCCGCAGUCCGCAUCCUGCCACUCCUGCCUCCCGGCGUCCUCGGCCAGCCCGGAUGCAACGGAGGGAAAACCGGGCGGAUGCCAGCGAGACGACCUCCUAAAGGAGCGAUCUCAGUCGCAGAGUGUGCUGGAAACGCGGGAUGAGUCCGCCCUCAGGGCGGAUCAGGGGAAGCGGCACAGCGUCAAGCUGCGUGACAGACUCUUCCAGUUCCCUCUGUGCGAGAAAGCUCUGGCCUUCAACAUCCCCACACACAACAAGCCCAAGAUCCUGCCGCUGGCGCAGUACAACUGCUGCCAUGUGCUCUGAGCGGCGAGCGCUGCCUGCCGCGCUGCACGCUCUGCGGAGGCCGGGGAGCUGCCAGGCCAAACGAGGAGAUAAGAAAGUGCCUCUGGGCGAGGUGGGGGGGGCUUCAAUCGCACAAACACUCAGUGCUCAUGAAGAAACUUUGUUGUGGAGGAAGCUGGCGUGCAGCACAGCAGUCACACUCGCCUGAAGCUCAGCCGUUUGCUGCUGUGUACAGGAGCGACCCGAACAGACUCGGCUUCCAUCCGGAGCCUGGAAGCUUAGGAAAGGAGAGGAAACGUGUUCUUGGAAUAAGCUAAUUCUGUUUGUUCUUGAAGGUGCCUGUUAGAAAACAUGUUCUGAUAUAUUUAUUCAGUGAAACACAAAAGUUAAUAUAAAUAAAUAGAAAUGUCAUUCUUUUUGUA